AAACCUGCCGAGAACAUGAAGAAUUGCUGGACGAUUUCAGUUUUCUUCUUUGCGUGCAGUUUCCUUGGACCCUGGGCAUCUGCAGCUGUCAAGCGUCGCCCAAGAUUCCCUGUCAACUCAAAUUCUAAUGGUGGAAAUGAACUCUGUCCCAAGGUCAGAAUUGGCCAAGAUGACUUGCCAGGGUUUGACCUGAUUUCUCAAUUCCAGAUAGAUAAAGCAGCAUCUAGAAGAGCUAUCCAAAGAGUGGUGGGGUCAACUGCACUACAAGUGGCUUACAAGUUGGGAAACAAUGUAGACUUCAGGAUUCCAACCCGGCAUUUAUAUCCCAGUGGGCUGCCUGAAGAAUACUCCUUUUUAACUACUUUUCGGAUGACUGGAAGUACACUUGAAAAGAACUGGAACAUUUGGCAGAUUCAGAAUUCCUUGGGGAAGGAGCAAGUUGGUGUGAAGAUUAAUGGCCAAACCAAAUCCAUUGAAUUUUCCUACAAAGGACUGGAUGGAAGUCUCCAAACUGCAGCCUUCUCAAAUUUGCCUUCCAUGUUUGACUCCCAGUGGCAUAAGCUCAUGAUCAGUGUGGAAAGGAGCAGCACCACUCUUUUCAUUGACUGCAACAGGAUUGAGUCCUUACCUAUAAAGCCAAGAGGCCCAGUCGAUGUCAAUGGCUUUGCUGUACUGGGAAAGCUUGCAGAUAAUCCUCAAGUUUCUGUUCCAUUUGAGCUUCAGUGGAUGCUGAUCCAUUGCGACCCUCUGAGACCAUCGAGAGAAACUUGCCAGGAGCUGCCUGCCAGGACACCACUCAGCAGGACCACCGACGAGAGAGGCCCUCCUGGAGAGCGCGGGCCCCCCGGCCCCCCCGGGCCCCCCGGAGUUCCGGGCAUCGACGGCAUCGAUGGCGACCGAGGUCCCAAAGGUCCCCCGGGGCCCCCGGGUCCUCCAGGUGAACCCGGAAAGCCAGGAGCUCCGGGCAAGCCGGGCACGCCGGGCUCCGACGGAUUAACAGGACCUGAUGGAUCCCCUGGCUCCGUUGGACCAAGGGGACAAAAAGGAGAACCUGGUGUGCCUGGAUCUCGUGGAUUUCCAGGCCGUGGUAUUUCCGGGCCCCCUGGUCCUCCCGGGACAGCAGGACUCCCUGGAGAGCUUGGCCGUGUGGGACCUGUUGGUGACCCUGGGAGAAGAGGACCACCUGGCCCUCCCGGCCCCCCAGGACCCAGCGGAACAAUUGGUUUUCAUGAUGGAGACCCACUGUGUCCGAAUUCCUGCCCACCAGGUCACUCUGGAUACCCAGGCCUACCAGGCAUGAGGGGUCAUAAAGGCGCUAAAGGAGAAAUUGGUGAACCAGGAAGACAAGGACACAAGGGUGAAGAAGGUGACCAAGGAGAACCAGGAGAAAUUGGCGCCCAAGGACCUCCAGGAGCUCAAGGUUUGAGAGGCAUCACUGGCAUAGUUGGGGACAAAGGAGAAAAAGGUGCUCGGGGUUUAGAUGGAGAACCUGGGCCUCAAGGUCUUCCUGGUGCACCCGGUGAUCAAGGACAGCGAGGACCUCUAGGAGAAGCAGGUCCCAAGGGAGAUAAAGGUCCUCAAGGUUCUAGAGGAAUUCCUGGAGUCCCUGGGCCCAAAGGAGACACGGGCUUGCCAGGAGUGGACGGCCAAGAUGGAAUACCUGGGAUGCCUGGAACAAAGGGUGAGCCAGGGAAGCCUGGGCCUCCUGGUGAUGCAGGGUUACAGGGGUUACCAGGUGUACCUGGAAUUCCUGGUGCAAAGGGUGCUUCUGGUGAAAAGGGUAACACAGGAGCUCCAGGGAAGCCCGGUCAAUUGGGAAAUUCAGGCAAACCGGGCCAGCAGGGGCCUCCGGGAGAGGUGGGACCACGUGGGCCCCGAGGGCUUCCGGGCAGUAGAGGAGAAAUAGGACCAGUAGGUUCCCCAGGCCUACCAGGUAAACUGGGACCUCAUGGUAGCCCCGGCCUCCCUGGCCUGCCUGGAGCCCCGGGACUUCCUGGAAUGAAAGGUGACAGGGGUGUAUUUGGUGAACCGGGUCCAAAGGGUGAACAGGGUGCCUCUGGUGAAGAAGGUGAAGCAGGAGACAGGGGUGAUCUUGGAGAUAUAGGAUUACCUGGCCCAAAGGGAUCUGUGGGUAACCCUGGGGAGCCUGGCUUGAGAGGCCCUGAAGGAAUUCGGGGGCUUCCUGGAGUGGAAGGACCAAGAGGACCGCCUGGACCCCGGGGUGUGCAGGGCGAGCAGGGUGCCACCGGGCUGCCUGGGGCCCAGGGCUCUCCGGGCAGAGCGCCGACAGAUCAGCACAUUAAGCAGGUUUGCAUGAGGGUCAUGCAAGAGCAUUUUGCUGAGAUGGCUGCUAGUCUCAAGCGUCCAGACUCAGGCGCCUCUGGUCUCCCUGGCAGGCCUGGUCCUCCUGGGGCCCCCGGACCUCCUGGAGAGAAUGGUUUCCCUGGUCAGAUGGGAAUUCGCGGCCUCCCAGGGAUUAAGGGUCCCCCAGGUGCUCUUGGUUUGAGGGGACCUAAAGGUGAGAUGGGAGAAAAGGGGGAGCGCGGCCCCCCAGGAAGAGGUCCCAAAGGUUUGCCAGGAGCAACAGGUCUCCCAGGUGACCCAGGCCCCGCCAGCUAUGGGAGGAAUGGCCGGGACGGCGAGCGCGGGCCCCCAGGAGUGGCAGGAAUCCCUGGUGUGCCUGGUCCCCCUGGGCCUCCCGGCCCGCCUGGGUUCUGUGAGCCAGCUUCCUGCACCCUGCAGGCUGGUCAGCGAGCUUUCAGCAAAGGCCCUGAUUAGUGAGUGGUGUGGGGCAGCACAGCUGCUGCAGAAACCACGCCUGGGGAAGAGCUUCCAGGACAAAGCUGACCUUGUAUGACCUGCAGCCUGACUGCACGGGUCCUCUUGGAUGGUCAGUUAGGACAAUGGUGCUAUUCGGUGCUAAUGGUGCUUUUCCCUUCCCCUUGGAGGGAAGAUAGGGAGUCACCAGCAAAAGAAAUUUAAAUUCUCUUUAAAUAAACAUACAGUUCUCUCCCCAGGAUCUUGGACUUUAAGUGUGCUAUAUGUAUGUGACAUACUAUUGUGGGCCACUGUGCCAACAAACAGAAACAGCCGUUUGUUUACCUCAGUUGCGGCAGUUAUUUUUAUUUUUAAUUUAGAUGUCCUAGGCUGUUGAUUCAGUUAUUUAGAGGAUUACUUACUAGAGUAGCUAUGAAGAAACUGCGUCAGGUAGGAUUGGUGCUAAAGACUCCCACUGAUGUGCUCUGUCCAGGGCCGGGAAGGGCAGUGCAGCCUGUGACCCCUCUGUCCUGGGUUGGCUUUCGCUGUCAGCCUGGGUUUCUGUUGAAUUUAUGUACUGUACCCCAAGCCCAUUGAUCUUUUAAACUCUUCUAUGUGAAAGGAAAGGAGGAAUUUAAUACCCUGGCAGUCCUAAGUUUUGUUGAUGAGAUUAUUUAUUUUAAAGGUUUGUGGUAACAUCUCUGGUUGUACCAAAGAAGAAAUAAACACAGUUUCUGAAUCUCUU